UGUGAGAAGAGUUUUAACACACAGGAACCUCUCAAAAAACACCAGCGCAUUCACACUGGAGAGAAACCGUAUAAGUGCUCAGAAUGUGGAAAAAGUUUUAUUCAACAGAUUAAUCUCAAAAGACACCAGCGCAUUCACACUGGAGAGAAACCAUAUCAGUGUUCACACUGUGGAAAAAGUUUUAUUCAACAGAUUAAUCUCAAAACACACCAGCACAUUCACACUGGAGAGAACCCGUAUCAGUGCUCACAAUGUGGAAAGAGUUUUAAUAGACAGAGUGAUCUCAAAAUACACCAGCGCAUUCACAUUGGAGAGAAACCGUAUCAGUGCUCACAAUGUGGAAAAAGUUUUAUUCAACAGAGUCAUCUCAAAAAACACCAGCGCAUUCACACUGGAGAGAAACCGUAUCAGUGCUCACAGUGUGGAAAGAGUUUUAAUGGACAGAGUGAUCUCAAAACACACCAGCGCAUUCACACUGGAGAUAAACCGUAUCAGUGCUCACAGUGUGGGAAGAGUUUUAAUCAACGGAGUUCUCUCAAAAGACACCAGCGCAUUCACACUGGAGAGAAACCGUUUCAGUGCUCACAGUGUGGGAAGAGUUUUAAUGCAAAGAGUGAGCUUAAAAUACACUUGCGCAUUCAUAGUGGAGAGAAACCAUAUCAGUGCUCACAGUGUGGGAAGAGUUUUAAUACACAGAGUAAUCUCAAAAAACACCAGCGCAUUCACACUGGAAAGAAACCAUAUCAGUGCUUACAGUGUGGAAAGAGUUUUAAUCAACAGGGUAAUCUCAAAAAACACCAGCGCAUUCACACUGGGGAGGAACCAUAUCAGAGCUCUUAA